UUCUCUUCAACCGUAUUCUUUCUUUCUCUUCAUCGUUUUCCAUGAUAAAAUCGUUUCUUUUAACGACGAUAUUUUUCGAAGUUGGUGAGAAAAUCGUCUUGCUGAAACGAUUUCCUUUUAAGACGAUAUUUUGAUAAUAUCGUUUUAUUUGCAUCGCCUCACAGAGGAGCUGUAUCAAUGGCGGACCUCAGCCUGGCCCAGGUCUUCUUCGUCGUCAUCUUUAUCGUAAUCUUCCUUUUACUAGCCCUAAUCCUCAAACCUCAAUCUAUCAAGAUCCCAAUCAGGAACCGCCACGUGUUCAUCACUGGAGGAUCCAGCGGCAUCGGCCUCGCCCUCGCCCACCUGGCCGCUUCGGAGGGCGCUCGCGUCUCCAUCCUCGCUCGAAACGUGGAUAGGCUCCAGGAGGCUCGAGACUCUAUCCGCCUCUCCACCGGCAAUGAUGUCGCCGUUUUCCCCGCCGAUGUCCGCGACCCCGACGCCGUCCUCCGCGCCAUCGAAGAGGCUGGCCCCGUCGAUGUGCUGAUCUGCAAUCAAGGAGUGUUUGUGCCGCGAGAACUGGAGAAACAGGAAUUGGAGGAGGUUAAGUUCAUGAUCGAUGUGAAUCUGAUGGGAACAUUUCAUUUGAUUAAGGCUGCUUUGCCGGGGAUGAAGAAUCGGAAAAGCCGUGAACCGGCGUCGAUCGCCAUUAUAUCGUCGCAGGCCGGUCAGGUGGGCAUUUAUGGUUACACAGCGUACUCGGCUAGCAAGUUUGGCCUCCGGGGAUUGGCAGAAGCAUUGCAACAGGAGGUCAUCGCACACAACAUUCUUGUCUCACUUAUAUUUCCUCCAGAUACAGACACUCCUGGGUUUGAGCAAGAGACCAAGAUGAGACCUCAGCUUACCGGUAUUAUUGCGGCCUCCUCUGGAACAGUGAAAGCUGAUGAAGUUGCCAAGAAAACUUUGAAUGGGAUCAAAUCUGGUAGUUUUAUUGUCCCUUGCAACUUUGACGGACUCUUACUGGCCAUUGCAACAGCUGGUUUAUCUCCUCAAAGAUCAGUACUGAUGGCUUUAUGUGAGGUGUUUGCCGCUGGUCCAACCCGUUUUAUAGGUCUAUGUAUCCAAUGGGGCUGGUAUAGAAGCAUAAAGAGGUGGUAUGCGCAAAAUAAUUAGUAAGUUCUCCAUAAGCUGACCAUUUAACACUAUAAGAUACGUUUCCUCUUGUUUCAUCGGUUGCAGUGACCGGUUUGAGCCAUUUCUUUUGAAUGUUCAAAUCAGUGAAAGUGUGAACGUUUGGUUAGUAAUCUAACAUGUAGAUGUUCUUCCAUAUUGCAUGGUACACAUAAUCAGUUAAACUAUUUGUUAUAUAAUUGUGCAAAUCUUUUACUCAGUUCACAUUUCUGUUGUGUUCACUAAUUCCUGGAACUUCUGUUUCUGUUCUAAAUCAUGAAAUGGUUCCUAUUCUCUCUAUAUUCGAGUCAUACUAAAUAUUUAGCCGGGCUUCUUUAAAAAAUGGGAAGUGAAGUGGUCACAACAUUCUGUUUCCUUUCUUCAAACAAGUGUGAAGUUGAACAUAUCUUAAGAGUUCUAUGCCUUCUAUGUGGUUGGACUCAAAACCAUAAGACAUUUGAUUUAUACAUCUAAAAGGUACCAUCAAAGUAAAUAUAUGUCAUCCUUUCAAAGCAAUUUUAAAUGGUACAAAAGUUUGCUGUAGAUGCAAAGUUCUAUUUGUAUUCACUUUUACUUGGCAAUUGUAGAGCCUGUGGCCCUUUCACACUUUCUCUUUAUAUGUUUGUUCGCGUAGCUUGAAUUUAACUUGAAUUUUCUAGUGCUUGAAGAGUAAAAAUUCCUUGUUGCUCACUUGGGCUGAAAUUUAUUAUUGUUUACAGAUAUUAGGGACCUGGAAGUUCUUGAUGGAAGCUGCUUGCAGUGAUCAUUGAGGAUUCUUUGUCUUGAAAGAAGCUGCAAGCUGAAAUUUUUCCUACACGCCCUUUUUUCUUCUCCAGUAACAGUUGUAUGUUGAGGCUCAAAUCUCAUUUUGUAUUUUUAAAUUAAUAAGGUUGUCUCAGUACUGAAAAUCGAGGGAACUGAAAUCAUUCUGCUGAUGAGAAACUGUUCACAUUCUAAUUGAUAUUUUGAUCAAAAUCUUCAGUAGUAAA